AUGCUGCUCUUCGGUCUUGGGAAGCUUGUUUACGUCGUCGUCCUCAUCAUCAACUCCAUCGCCAUCCUCUCCGAGGACCGCUUCCUCGCUCGCAUUGGCUGGGGCCGCACGCAAGCUGAGCCAGGCUUCGGCGCGACCUACGAUAGCACCAGCGUGAAGGCGAAGUCGGUCAAUUUGAUUGCUAGUGUGCGGACAGUGAUGCGGAUACCGCUCAUCAUCAUCAACGCAAUCAUCAUCGUCUACGAGCUCAUCCUCGGUUGA